GAAAAUGGCGAACAGCUGUUCCCGCACGGAGCGGUUGCUACGGUUGUGUUGGCUUCUCCACUCCAUUCGCCUUGCUGUUCCGCUAGUGUACACCCCUUCCGAUGCCUACCAAGAAAGCCUUCUUCGGCCAUAUCGGACGUUCAGUGAUGUGGCCAUCUUCCACUUCACAGUGCCUGCUCAAACGUCCCGGGCAGCUUGGCAGUUCGUGGCCUUCAUGGACGAUAAGCAUUGCCCGUCUCAGCCAGUGUACAUCUACCUCAGGCACGGCAGCUAUCCUGUGGUCGCAGCAGACAACAGCUCUUUUCCCGCCCACACGCACCUUCCGAGCCAGUCUCUGUAUCACCUCAAGACAGAGACCAAGUUUCAGCCCACGGAGAUGCCGGAAUUCCACGUGCUCAACCCGCUGCCUGGCAGCUGGUUCGUCAUUGCCUUUCUGCAAGAGUCGAGCAGGCAGAUUAAGCAACAGGGAAUACAUCGUAGCUGCCAGUACAGCCUCGGCAGUAUGGCGGCUUGGACACAUCAUCAUGAGGUCAUAUUACUCAACGUUGGCAUGCAUCUCAACAUCACGUCGCCACCUCAGCUGACUGUUUUCAAAGUCUAUGUUCCUGAUGGCGCGUGGCAGCUGCUAGUGAGGAUAUCUGCUUGUGUCAAUGUCUCUUCAAAUCUUUCUGCUCUCAAAAGUGAGGAUGUUCAGCCUUGCAUCCGAAAGUUUGGGCUGCGUGCAAGGGGCCUCCCGUAUGCCGAAGACGUCAAUGUCACCGGAAGCGACUUCUACAGCAUUGUUCCACAACCGGAGAUGGAAGCGUAUUACUACAUCACCGUCGCGGCAGACAUGCACGUCGGCUACUCUAUCGUUGCGGACAUCAAAGACUGUCCCACGCCAUGGCACUUUUCGAACCGCAAGUCCAGUCGACAGCCGCGCCACCUGACCACCGGUUUCAACGAAUCAGAUGCCAGCAACGAAACUGCAUCCAAUCAGACGGCUUCGACCCUGUCUGCCGUCAGUCAGCUGCACGAAGACCACCAGAAGGUGGCGUCGGGUCCCAGCAGUGCGACCGUGACCACGACCCCAACAGAGUUUCAAGCACACACCGCCCACUUUGUGAAGGAGAUCUUGGGAGAGCAGGGCAUACUGGCUGCCAUGCAAGGAUGCCUUCCCAUGAUACCCCUAACGAGGAUCAAGCACGCGCAAGACUUCUUGGACUCUUUCCUAGUACAGGGACCUGAGUGGUUUUCAUCUUGGCUGGGCCUCACUGAUGCAUUCCCGGUUGUGGUUGGCCUCCAGCUGGAGCCAUUUGUGGACAUUGGGGGCACGCUACAGACAAAGAUACAUCUAGACAGUAUGGUUAAGAAUUUGACAUCCCAGGUGGUCAUCGUGAACAUCUGCAUCCACCACGGUAGCCCGCCACCGUACGUGUCGGGACGCAUUCAGUGCCCCCAGGGUCUCUCGCUGACCGUUUCCACCAACGACAGUUUGGUGGCGAUCAAAUACUUCCCUUUCCCAGAGCCUGGCACUUGGUUCCUCUCAUUCACGGCAGGCUGCUUUAAUGGUUCAAGCUCGUGGGUGCCCGUGCGAUGCGAGUUGGAGCAGACCAUAGUGGACCUUCGAAUUCGGCUUCAGCCAUGCGUUUUCGAAGGGUCGCCCUGUGGCCAACAUGGCUACUGCCAGGAGAAUCACUUCCGGCAGUUUUACUUCAGCUCCUGCCACUGUGUGGGAGGUUGGCGCGGUUGGGGUUGCACUGACAACAGCAGAGCGACGCCGGCGCCCCUUCUUCUGAUGCGGACUCUGCUGCUGACGCUGAGUAACCUGUUCUUUCUGCCUGCCAUAGUCCUGGCCACCAGACGGCAGUUCUACACAGAGGCUGUCGUCUAUGGGGUCACCAUGUUCUUUUCGAUGUUUUACCACGCCUGCGAUGUGGACAUGUUUGGCUUCUGCCUGCUCCGCUACGAAGUGCUCCAGUUCUGCGACUUCUUCUCGGCCGUGCUCUCGUUCUGGGUCACCCUGGUGGCCAUGGCCAACGUGCCCCCAACACUGGCCUCCAUUGCGCACGUGCUGGGUGCCCUGGGUGUGGCACUAGGUGUGCAGUGCCAGCGCACCAGCCUACUAGUCUUCGCCGUGCCUGCUGGUGUCGGGGCCUUUCUGCUGUCUGUGUCUUGGGUUCGCAGGUGUUACCAGUCCCACUCUUGCCAGCCAACGCUGCGCGAGUGGCUGACCAACCUGGUUCCGGGCGUCCUCCUCGCUGGGGUUGGCCUAGUCCUGUUUGCCUUUGUAGAGACCGAGGACAACUACAAGUACAUCCACAGUGCAUGGCACAUUGUGAUAUCUCUCUCCAUCAGUUUCCUGCUACCGAAGCGUAACACGAGCAACGUGGCGCAAUGCAAAAAUGGCUGCAGUGCCUCCGUCAUUAGUGGCGGGGACACCAUGCAGUCCAUCUACGAGCGGGUGCAGCCCGUGCUGAACAACGACUCGGAGCUGGUCGACAUAGCCGACUACCGGCUCGACACGGAUCUAACGUCGCUCAUCAGAGGCCUCCGCCCGUAACUCACCCGCCCAUUGCUCGGCAGCUAAGGUGUUGUUGACGUGCUUGAGAGAGUGAGACCCGCCGAAAUGGUCCACGCAAGUUCGCUCUGUGACUAAUUGUUGGCGAACUGUUUGUUGGAAUGAACUGCUGCUUUGAUUGUGACGUCACAGUUGCAAUUUGCAGCCACAUAUGACGCGAUGUCAUGCAGCGUGAGGCAUACUGACAACUUCGGAGCAGCGCUUGAACACAGUCAAACAGUCAUACCUCCUUCUCACUCGAGCUUUUAUGCCCAGCAAUUUCCCAGAGAAUCGAUGCACUCAUCCUCCGCUACGCAGACUGCAAAGAGGUGCACAACUGGCUCAAGUGCACAUUUAGAGUCUUAUGAACAUCACUGAUUUCAAAAUAGACCAGUUUCACUGAUGUAAAGCUUACUGGAAGCUGAAUGUGCACACAAUCAUGCGUAUCCUAAAUUAUGGAACCAUGAGCAGGCUCUAGAAGUUCAUCAAACCUGCAGGUCUGAAUGGCAGUAUGAUAUCCAUGUCAGUGAAUCUACACACUGCGCACAAAAAUGUGUUCACCAACGUCUUUAAACUGCCGUGCAGCACACGAAGCCACGUUUGCAAGCAGCCAGCAAACGUAACUGGCAAAGUCUUGUUGCUUGUCAAAUCACAAUGGAAAUGCUUGAUAGCACUGCUCACCCGCUAAACAUGCAUUACGAGGCUCUAUGUGUGAAGGUUGCUCAUGCACGCCAACUUGUCACAGCUGCAGUGUCUCGUCUCUUUAUGCCAUCGUGUGUACAUAGUCCCUUUAGGGCGUGCCCCUGGCAGCCGCUAGUCACAUAAAUAUUUCAACUUUAUUUACACAUCGAAAUGAGCAAACAGUCCACACUUGAGCCACAGAUUCCUUUGGGCAACCUGAUGGGCAGACUUGUUUUUAUGGCAUGGAAACUGGCAACUACAUCAGCAGCUUGGAAACUGCUGACAGGAAACGUUUGGUUCUUAGUGGCCUGUUACAAAGAAAGCAAUGACUUUGGUUGUGGCCGCACAGCCUUUGUCAGUGAUGUCGUUAUUUGACCGCCUUUGGUUCCAGACAAACUGGCUUUUAUUUACGACUUUAUAAUUCUCACUAGCUGCAGUUAGUCAUUCCGUAGUUUAUUUUUUGAUGUGCAGCUUAUUUCGUAUGGUAUGUUGAAGUAUAGUGGUGUGACAUCUGUGAAAAAACAGUUUUACAGCAGCAUGGGCAUGCCAUCCGCACAAACGUAUGCAACUUAGCACACGUCACCCCAUUUUGCUAACUGCCAGUUUUGUAAUUUAAAAAACAUUUUGCUAAUCAAAUGUCAUUGAGGAAGAGAAAUGUUCUCAUUCAAGUGGGUUUAAUGUCACUAGAAUCAGUCCCGGAACCAGAUGCAUUGCGUCAACCAUAGAGUUUCCUAAAUACGUAUACACUAAAGGGAACUCUGGCGC